AAAACUCAGAAGUUAACAUAACCUAUAUUUGAAUUCAAAAAAUAAUAUAAAAAAGUUGUAAAAAACAAUAAAAUUAUCAUGAGCAAGAUAUUUACGCCAACAAAUCAAAUACGAUUGACAAAUGUAGCAGUGGUGCGAAUUAAAAAAGCUGGUAAAAGAUUCGAAAUAGCUUGCUAUCGAAAUAAAGUUGUCUCAUGGCGCAACCAGGUUGAAAAGGAUAUAGACGAGGUCUUACAAACACAUUCAGUGUUCACAAAUGUGUCCAAGGGACAAGUUGCAAAAAAAGAAGAUUUGAUCAAAGCUUUUGGCAAGGAUGACCACACUGAAAUAUGCAAAGAAAUAUUAGCAAAAGGUGAAUUGCAGGUAUCUGAUAAGGAACGACACAGUCAAACUGAACAACUUUUCAAAGAUAUAGCAACUACAGUUGCUGAUAAAUGUUUAAACCCUGAAAUAAAGCGUCCCUACCCAGUCACAAUAAUUGAAAAAGCCAUGAAGGAUGUGCACUAUUCUGUCAAACCCAACCAGUCUGCCAAACAACAGGCUCUGCAAGUCAUUAAGCUACUCAAAGAAUCUAUUCCUAUAGAAAGGGCAAAAAUGAGGCUCAAAGUAAAUUUCAAGGGUAAGGCUUCAAAGAAAAUCAAGGAGAAACUUACCAAAAUUGAAAGUGUUGAGAUAGAGAAAGAAGACAGGGAAGAUGAUGAAAUUACCUUGGUAUUCUUGGUGGAUCCAGGUUAUUUCAAAGAGAUUGACUCAAUGGUUCAGUCAGAAAGUAAAGGCAAUGCCUUCUUAGAAGUUAUGUCAUAUAAAGAGAUGGUUUUGGGUGAUGAACAUUUUUAAGUAGGUUUACAUUUGAUUGAGGUGAGUUUCUUGUUGAUAACUGAAAAGCUAUUUAUUAUAAAAAUGUGUUAUUUUAUUCAUGUAACAUCAAUUAACAAUACAUAAUAUAUUCAAUAGUUCCAACAAUGUAUAGGUAGUUUAAACACUAUCCUUGAAAAUUACUCUUUUUGCAUUAAAAACCCUAAAAAAUAAAAUCAGUUAAAUCAUUAAAAUAUAGUAGUAUUAUAUAUUAAAAAUGAAAAUACAUGUCAGUCUAUAAACAUCAGAAAACCAAUGAACUUAUUGAAAUCUAUGAAUACAGGGUUCCUAAAAAGAAUUUGAAAUACUCAACUUGUUUGCUUUUUCUACUGUGCUUAAGUCACAAUAUCUAAAGUGAUCCUUUAAAAAUGGUGUUCAACAAUGAAAAAAAAAGAGCACAAGUUCUGGUGAGGUAGUAGGGCCCCAGUAAUUUCAUCUCAUCCACCAAGUCCAAUCUGUUAAUUACUAAGAACCAUAAAAUCAGAACACUCAGAUAUUUAGGGUGAAUCUUUUUGUAAUACAAGAACCUGUUUAUAUUUUUGUUUCUCCAUCUAGCAUAUUGACUGAUGAAAUAAAAAUUGUUUUCUAACUUUUUUUGAUCAAAGAAUUCAUGAAAAAUGUUAAUUAUUAAACAAUUGUUUUUUC